UCAACCCGGUGCACGCUCCUGUCUCGCGAGCCGGACGCUGUAACGGAGAGGAUCCGCGCGCUGGGAAUAAGAGCGUCUCCGAGCCUCCGCGCCGAGCUCUCACACCCGGGAUAAACAGUCUGAGCCUUUCUUCCGUCCUUAUUAUUAUUUUUUUUUAGUUGUUGUUCGUUCUUCUUCUCCUCUUCUCCGGUGUCCGAGCUCUCCGCGCGCGCUGAGAUGUUCCUCCAGGCGGUAGCGCGCGCCUGCGCCGGAUUGGUGGCCUGCACCCUGCUCGCCUUUGUCCCGCAGCCGGGAGCCGCAUCCCUGACCCGACCCGCACACGAUGUGGACGAGUGCGUGGAGACCAUAGACAACUGCAGCAUCGACGCUAUCUGCCAGAACACAUUCAGAUCGUACAAGUGCAUUUGCAAGUCCGGUUAUAAAGGAGACGGAAAGCACUGUGAAGACAUCGACGAGUGUAUGAGCGACUACAGCGGAGGAUGUGUCCACGAGUGCAUCAACAUCCCGGGGAACUACCGGUGCACAUGCUACGACGGGUUCCGCCUAGCACACGACGGCCAUAACUGCCUAGACGUAGACGAGUGUUUGGAGGGUAAUGGUGGCUGUCAGCAGGUGUGUGUGAACAUGAUGGGGAGUUACGAGUGUCGCUGUAAAGAGGGGUUCUUUCUGUCUGACAACCAGCACACCUGCAUCCAGAGGCCCAAAGUGCGUAUAAAUGGGACAAAAGACGGCCCUAGUUGUAUGGACAGAAACCACGGCUGUGCUCAUAUCUGCAGGGAAACUCCAAAAGGAGGCAUCGCCUGUGAGUGCAGACCAGGCUUCCAGCUCACCAAGAACAACCGCGACUGCAAAUUGACCUGUAACUACGGUAAUGGUGGCUGUCAGCACAUCUGUGAGGAGACAGACCAUGGGCCGCGCUGUUCUUGCCACAUGAAGUUCGCCCUGCACUCUGAUGGCAAGACAUGUGUAGAGGAAAGGAGUAUCCAGCAGCAGCUACAUCAGCCACAGCUGUUACCCAAUGAGACUUGUGCAGUGAAUAAUGGAGGAUGUGACAGCACGUGUCACGAUGCUCUAACAGGAGUGCGCUGCAGCUGUCCGGUCGGAUUUACUCUCCAGCCUGACCGCAAGACCUGCAAAGAUAUCGACGAGUGCCGCAUGAGUAACGGCAGCUGUGAUCAGAUUUGCCGGAACACUGUGGGAAGCUUCGAGUGUAGCUGCAGGAAGGGCUACAAGCUGCUCACUAACGAAAGGACCUGUCAAGACAUAGACGAGUGCUCGUUUGACCGCGCAUGUGACCACACUUGCGUGAACUCUCCAGGCAGUUUCGAGUGUCAGUGUCACAAAGGCUACGUCCUGUAUGGGGUCGCCCACUGUGGAGACAUUGAUGAGUGCAGUAUAAACCGUGGUGGCUGUAAGUACGGCUGUGUGAACACGCUGGGCAGCUAUGAGUGUACGUGCCCACCUGGGUACAAACUGCACUGGAACAAGAAGGACUGUCUCGAGGUGGUGAAGUGUCCGUCGAGCCUGGUGGCGCCAAAAGCAACACUCUCGUGCAGCAAGACAGGCAAAAAGGAGAGCUGUUCACUGACCUGUGCAUCCAAAGCACACUAUCUGUCAGAGUCUGAUAACAGUUAUACGGUCAGCUGCGGAGUCCGAGGAAAAAGCCAAAGUAGACUAAACUCCAGCAACACUCAGAGCUGCAUAGAGACUUUGGCUUCUCCAGUGAAGCAGACGGCCUCGUUCCGAAUCAAGAACGCCAAAUGCCACCUGCAUCCCAAACUCAGGGAACGAGCAGAAGACGGAGGCAAGCAGAUUGGACCAGGUGGUCAGCUGUGCAACAACUGCCAGGUCACUUUCGUCAAUCUGAAGUGCGAGUCUUCAAAGAAGGCCAAAGUUCGACAUACACGUAACCCGUCUAAUAAAGAGGUCACGCGCAUCACGCUGGAACUAGAAGCAGAGAUAAAGCCUGGAGACACUACCGGGAGCUGUGAUCUGAGCUGUGUGAGGAAACAAAUGGAGCAGAAGAUGAAGUCUUCCAUCAAAGCUCUGAAGAAGUCCAUCAACCAGGAGAGGUUCCUGAUCCGUGUGGCCGGGCUCGAGUAUGAGGUCGCUCAGAAGGUGUCACAAUCUGCCGACAAACAGGAUCAGUGUGGCCCAGGCAGAGAGAGGGACAGCGGCCGAUGUGUCAGAUGUUUGCCCGGUUCGUAUUAUCACGGUGAGAUGGAGCGCUGUGUGCAGUGUCCUCCCGGAACCUUCCAGGAGCGUGAGGGUCAACUGGCCUGUGACCUUUGCCCUGGAGGAGAUCGCCAUGGCUUGCCCGGUGCCCGUAACGUCACCUCCUGCUCAGGUCAGUGUGCACCUGGAUAUUCCUCCAGUGAUGGCUUUAAACCGUGCCAGCCGUGCCCUCGAGGAACAUACCAGCCUGACCACGGAAGAACGCUCUGCUUCCCUUGCGGAGGUGGCCUUGAUACGAAGAGAGAAGGAUCCAGCUCCUUCCAUGACUGUGAGGUCAAAGUGUCUUGCCCUCCGGGACAUUACUACAACACGACUGUGCAUCGGUGUAUCCGCUGUCCUGUGGGAACGUAUCAGACAGACUUCAAACAGAAUUACUGCAUGUCCUGUCCUGGAAACACCACCACAGACUUUGAUGGUGCAACCAGUGUGUCUCAGUGCAAGAACAGGGAAUGCGGAGGUGAAAUCGGAGAAUAUAUUGGCUACAUCGAGUCUCCGAACUACCCAGGAGAUUAUCCCGCUAAUGUGGACUGCAUCUGGACCAUCAACCCACCUAGCAAGCGCAAAAUCCUCAUCGUCGUACCUGAGAUCUUCCUGCCUUCUGAGGACGAUUGCGGAGAUGUUCUGGUGAUGAGGAAGAACUGGUCAGUGACCUCCAUAACCACGUAUGAGACGUGUCAGACAUACGAGCGGCCGAUCGCUUUCACGGCUCGUUCACGGCGCCUCUGGAUCAACUUCAAAUCCAACGACGUGAACAGUGCACGCGGCUUCCACAUCCCUUAUGUCACAUACGAUGAGGAUUAUGAGCAGCUGGUGGAAGACAUCGUAAGGGAUGGGAGACUUUACGCCUCAGAAAACCAUCAAGAAAUCCUAAAGGACAAAAAGUUAAUCAAGACGCUCUUUGACGUCCUGGCGCAUCCGAACAACUACUACAAAUACACGGCUCGGGAUUCCAACGAGAUGCUGCCGCGCUCCUUCAUCCGGCUCAUCAGCAGCAAAGUCUCGGCCUUCCUCCGACCGUACAAGUAACGGCUGACGCUCAGAGGAUUUACGCACUCCGACCGACUCCGACAGCAGGCUUCAGUCUAAAGGGUUCAGCACACGCUUUGUUUCAAAAUCCAACCAGGCUUUUGACUUUUACUCACUUCACUAUGCACAUUCAGUUUUGAAUUUCAGUCCUGUUUAUUUGUAUCAUGGCUUUCCAAUAAGAAGAGGGCAAUUAGGUGUAUAAUUGCAUCAUACAUUUGCAGCAUAAGUUGUUUUGUUUUAUUUGAUUUUUUUGUGCUUUUAGAUCGUGUCUUUUUCAUGACUCUGUGUUGUGUGUUGAUAUUUGUCCAGGAUCUAUCAGAUUAUACAAGGUGGAAUAUUCCAGUGAGCACCAUAAAUACUGGGAUAAUUUGUCCUAUGGGUCGUUUUGCAAUGCGAUGCCUAGAUAUGUCCCUGUUUAGUUUUUUGUUUUUGUUUUAUUUUUGGUCUUUGUGAAGUUUUAACAUUUUGUACAUGACCAGAACAAUCCCUGCUAGAUAUACUGAAUGUCUGUCUCAUGCAUUCUUUGUGCUCACUGGGAUAUCACACACUUGGGUUUGGAAGGUGUGUUGUUUUUGUCAACAAGAUAAUGUGCGAGGUGAGCUUCUGAUGUACUUCGCAGCUUUCCGAAGCCCCUUGCCGUAGCAUUCGUUUUUAUAUGCGUUUUUAUUUCUGUCUUUUUCGCGCUCUCAUCCCACUUUACUUCAUAUCAUUCGUUCCGUGUCGUGUCAUUAGCGUCGUCAUACUUCAGCUCUUAGAGCGUCUUUACUCUUCUUCAUGCCACGCUGUUAAAACAGUACAUUGCUGUCUGUUCAACGUUGUAUUACUAGUUUUUUUUCCGGUUUCAUAUUCGUUUACGACCAUAUAUUGGACUUAAUUUAACGAGGCGUAGAACACGUAGUGCAUUGUUACGAGACUGAAACGGAAGAGUUGCGGGAGAGAAACAGUGUUUAGUGAGCGGUUCUGCAAAGAACGAGGUGAACUGAGGUGCGUGUCGUACUUUUUGUUUGUUUGUUUGUUCGUUUGUUUGUUUGCAGGACAUGCGAUUGCUGCUUCUUCGAUUAAAUAAUAAUUAAAAAAAGUCACUUUAAACCUGCUAUGAUAAAUUCAUGCCUUUUGACCUUUCCUCCCCGAAGGCCCUCAAAGGGAAGUUCCAUCUAAAUUUUUUAUUUCUCCUACAGACCUGUAUAUAAUUUAGCUAAUAUUCGGCUACAAAUGAUUGGAAGUGCGAUCUCGAUGGCUGUUACUUUUCGACCCCUAUUAAGGCAGUAGGACAAAGUCAUGCUCUUUGAUUUCUGAAGACUGUCUGUACUGUCUGAAAAUCUCCACUGUGUAGAAGAUGUAGCGCACACUUUUUUAUUUUUCACAGAAAUGUGUAGAAAUGUCAAAUCCUCCACUCAAACGCUCAAUAUUAGCAGCGUAGGUAAGACGCAGUUUAGCGUACGCCUACACCUGUCAUACACACUCUCCAAACACACGAUGUGUGCCUUACGAAUGUGUUUAACCUUCUUCCCGUCGGUUAAAUGGAAAGAAGAAAAGAAGAAGGAAAAAAAACAGACCUGAUGACACCAGGUGAUGUCUCUCCAUGGUAGGAUUUUUUUUUUAUUGUAUAUUGUAAAUAUUAAAUGAACGUAGACUAAUGUCGAGUCUAAGAGCGAAAGCCGAUCCCAAAUUACGAUCCUUGUAUUAAUAACGUCCCUUUAUAAUGCGUUAAGGGAUUCGUCUUUUAUCGCGCCCUUCUGAGCUGAAACUCAGUUCAGCCCCUAAAACUGUACAAAAGGAUCGAUCUUUUAGUUUGAACUGGUAUGUAAAGAGAAAAUAUUUUAGAAUUUUUGUUUUUUAUAAAAUACUUUUUUAUAAUGUUUAUAUUACAAAGAAAAUUAUUUGUUGCCCCCAGUUUCGCUUCCAAAGACCGGCCCAGACGUGCAAUGAAUAAUAAUUGCCAAAUUUAAAAUAAUGAUGAUAAUAAUAAAAUUUGAAUUCCUAAGUCUUUUUUUUUAUACAACAAAAUCUCUUUAUUGUCCUUAAUAACCUCCCAGUAUUGGGGUAAAACAUAGGAAUUAUUCAUUUUAUUUUGCUUUAUUUUUCAAAGCAGGUGUGGGCUUUUUAUUCAUCAUAUAAACCUAAAGUUUGAUGCGUUUAUAAGUCCUUCCUGUGAAAAGUUCAUCUCAGUGCAGCUGGAUCUGGAGGAAAUGGGAGAAGGGUCAUUUGUGAAAAUAUGAAAAACGUUUUGGCAACUUAGCCAGCUUUAUUGAAUGUUUAGAAAAGUAAAUGCAAAACUGUCAUUAUUAUAAUUGACCCUCUGUAGGAUUUGUUUUUUUUACUGGCUUCCUGAAGAAUUGUUUUUAUUUUAUUUGGUUAACUUUGAGAAACGACUUGGCCACGGUGUUGCAUGGAGUGGGUAAUGGUAUUUGCACUUGAAAUUGUUUAUGCUCAUGUAAAAAAAAAAAAAGUCUGGAUUUUGUAUUGUCUUUUUAAAUGAAAAA